AUGAAAUCUGCUAAAUCUAAACAGAGAUUAAACGACAUGCGAACGCCGGCUAGGAGUAAACAAAACCUAAUCGGUGAGCGCGAUCCCGUGCAAGUGUAUUGCCGACUGCGGCCUAUGCAAAGAGACUCUGAUUCACCAUGUAUGAAGAUAAUAUCUCCUACUACGGUGCUUCUAACGCCUCCAGCAACUGCUCUAAGCUACAGAAACGAGAAUGCAAAGACUAUGAAGUACACAUUCAAAGAGGUAUUCCCGCCAGAAACGAAUCAACAAGAAGUCUUCGAUAAAGUCGCCUUACCCAUCGUCGAAGGACUUAUCAAAGGUAAAAAUGGCUUGUUAUUUACUUAUGGAGUCACGGGCAGUGGCAAAACGUUCACAAUGACCGGUGAGCCACAAAAUUGUGGUAUUUUACCAAGAUGUUUGAAUAUUAUUUUCAAAACUAUAAACGACUUUCAAGCCCACAAAUAUAUCUUUAAACCUGAUAAAAUGAACAUGUUUGAUAUUCAAACUGAGGCGGAGGCUAUGUUGGAGCGGCAACAGGAGCUCCAUAAAUUCAAAACUGGAAGGAAGAAUAAUUCAAAUCCAGAUCUAGCCAUGUCCUCCUCUGACGUCACUAAGAUCGAAGGUAUCAAUGAAGACAACCAGUAUGCAGUGUUUGUGACCUAUGUAGAGAUAUAUAACAACAGUGUCUUUGAUUUACUUGAAGACGGGCCUCCAAUAAGUAAGAAUUUACCUGUAAAAAUCAUCCGUGAAGAUGCAGCGCACAAUAUGUAUGUCCAUGGUGUUACUGAAGUAGAAAUAAAGUCUGCUGAGGAAGCUUUCGAAGCUUUCUAUCUAGGUUUGAAGCGAAAACGUAUGGCACACACAUCUCUGAAUGCAGAAUCUAGUAGAAGCCAUUCCGUCUUUACUAUCAGACUGGUGCAGGCACCAGUAGAUGAAAUGGGAGAAGCAGUGAUUCAAAAUAAAAAGUUCCUGAACAUUAGUCAGCUGAGUUUGGUUGAUUUGGCUGGCAGUGAACGCACAAACCGUACCAAGAACACAGGACAACGUCUCCGAGAAGCUGGCAACAUAAAUAAAUCCCUCAUGACUCUACGAACAUGUCUAGAGGCAUUGAGAGAGAACCAGAUCAGCGGUACUAACAAUAUGGUGCCCUACAGAGAGUCGAAAAUCACACAUUUAUUCAAGAAUUUCUUUGAAGGAGAAGGCCAGGUGCGUAUGGUUGUCUGCGCUAACCCAAGAGCUGAAGAUUAUGAUGAGACUCUCCAAGUUAUGAGGUUCGCGGAGAUGGCUGCUGAGGUUGAAGUGGCCAAGCCUCAAAUUAUCGACGUAGCUGCGAACAUUGGCCUCACUACGGGCCGUCGUAAGGCCAACCGGCUAUUCACAACAGCAAGAGACAAUUUGUCCAGGCCAGAAGCUAAAGAAUUGGAGAUGGACUUGGGUCUGGUCUACAGUCUCGGACCAGACUUCCCGAGUAUAGAAUUGAAUAGUUCUCAAGCUGCUCAUAUCAUCAAGGAGUUGAUGGCGCAUUUGGAAAUGAGGAUAAGUCGGCGAGAAGCUUUGAAACGCAGCAAAGCUAUCAAAGACGAGAGACUCAGAUCUGCUCUUUUGGACCUUGAAAAAGACUCUUUAGAAGUCAGGAGCGAGAACGCGUCCUUGAGAGGUCAGUUGGCUGCAGCAGAACGCAGAGUCAGAGCUUUAGAAGAACGACUGACCGCCACUGAGAAUGCGUCACUUACACAUCAACGCAAACUCUCAGAAAUGACUGAAUACACAUCUUCCUUAAAGAGAGAAUUACAAGAGAAAGAACUGCUGCUCAAUCAAAACAAAUUCGACAAAGAGAAACAGAAGAAGAUUCUGGAAAGGAAAUACAAUCACAAAAUCGCAGCAGAAUACGAGAAAGCGAAAGAAAUACAUUCUGAGAAGGAAAGGUUGAAGAAUGCUAUAGAAGAGAAGGAGAAUAGGCUGAGAAUAAUAGCAGAAGCGUUGAACCGAGGUGAUAAUAAUGACGGAUUUAAUAAGAUUACUGGAGAAAUUGGUGCGCAGACAAGCAAUAGAGAUUUCACUCCAGGUUCAACUCCUAGAGCAUUACCAGCACAUUUAUUGACUCCCUUCAGCUCUGUACCUCAAACUCAGACUCAAAGGGACACGCCAGCAUCAUCUCGUCGUGGAGUCGCCAUAGCCAAUCCUCGUCAUCGCAGAUCAUUGUCCGCAGACGGCCGAGGAUGGGUAGAGCAUGCACCAAACAAAAUAGUCCCUAUGGGUACUGUUAUGAAGCCGAGCAUCAUCAACAGUAAAGUUGUUAACAAACUGACAAGUGUGAAAGACAUAGCUAACUCCAGGACGUCUAAAUAUUGCCUUAUAUCCCAAGAACAGGAUACAGAUGGUGAAUUGGAGACGAAAUUGUAUAAAGGAGAUGUGGUGCCCACUUGCGGAGGUGGUGCUCAAGUGAUCUUCAAUGAUGUUGAGAUGUUAAAGCAGUUUUCUCCAAAUAGAGAGUCUUCUCAUUCUCAUUCCAAUCGUGUUUCUGGGACGUCCUGCGCUAGGCAUUCGGGCAAGCGUAGGGAUACCAACCACUCUCCGCCUCAAACUCCAUCGAAUACGAGCAAAAAACAAAGGAUUGACGAUGAUUGA